AUGGGGGUGUGCUGUACGAGUGAGGCCUCAAGUUUUCGUAUCAUUUCUCCAGAGUUAUAUGCAGCUUGGACUGUGAUUGGAUUGGCACCAACAGAAGGAGAAGCAGCAUCUGAAACCUCUUCUGCUAAUACACAGUGCUGCCAAGAAAGGAAGCCUGUACUACGUUCGGCAAUCUGGUUCUUGAUUAUUGCGCUCAUUACAGCAGUGGUGAGCUACUUCCAGGAAGACUGGAACGUCCGUGAAUGGGAACUCGCCACGGUAGCAUAUAUGUUUCAGAAGUGGAUCGGAAGAGCAGGUAUGCUACUUACAUAUGGGACAUGCGCCACAGCUGGACUACAGCACCUCCAAUCUUUCAUGAGAGCCUUGAGAUUCGCAGACAAAUGUCUAGGUAAAAACGAGAGAGUGAAUUGGAAGAAAACUUUGGGUAAUAUCGUCGUCGUGACCUACUAUGUAGUGACGAGCAGCAUACUUUUGGUAGCACAAAAGGAUUAUCGCGAAACGUAUUCGGGGUUGAGUCUCGUUGUCGUCGUCUUUUUCAAGACGAUGGUAACGAUGCAGUUCGUCUUUCUGGUUCUGGAACUGUGGGAGAGGUUCCAGAGUGUUAAUGCCAGGAUACGUGAGUUGCUGCCACCGCUCAGUGUGCCCGAGCUUCGUGCUGUGCUUGGGCAUGAGCUGGGGGACGUGUCACCUCAGGCCGACUCUGGUAGACUGCGCCAGCUGAGGGAGGCGUACCUGGUGCUGAUGCACGCGGCGGAGACCCUUCAGCAGCACUUUGGCCUGCCGCUGGCCCUGAUCAUCGCCGGCUGUGUGGGCGGCACCACCUUCUUCGCCUACGAUGUGGUCAGCUCAGGAGGGAAGCGGCAUUCGCCCUUCGAGUGGUCCAUCAUGUCCGGUCUGUGGAUGGUCCAUCACUCGCUGCAGCUGGUGGCGGUGUCACUGGCGUGCGCAGCGACUGUGGACUCGGCAGCCUACACUGGGCCACUGCUGCUCAGGGCGUCCGCCCUCUGCGAUUGGCGCGGUCCAGAACUGGAUGCCUUCAUGCAGCUCACCCUGCGAGGACCGCGACUGCAGUUCUCGGCUGCUGGACUGGUCGUCAUAGACAGGCGCCUGUUGGUGUCUGCACUGGCCGUAGUCGUCACGUACCUUGUCAUCCUUCGGCAACAGUGA